AUGCAAGACAUAGAAGAUCUCAUAGAAUUUGAAAACACUCUAGUGAAAAGGGAAAGUGACAGUAUUAGCAAAAACUUAUUACUGGACUUUACUGAUGAAGGGAAUUCAACAACUUUUCCAAAACUUAUCUCUGUAACUCUAUUUGAUGAAAAACUUUGCAGGUCGGUCUCUGCUACUAUCAACACAACUUCUAGAACAUUACAAACUAAAAACAACAGAGAAAACAAUUAG